AUGCUGUCAUAUGAGAAGUAUAUGAAUUUGCUACAUUACCCAGAUCAGUGGAGUCAGCCUGUUCCUCGAGAAAUAUCAAGGAAGGUUAUCUGUAAUGCACUAUCACCAUGUAUCAGUGUUCAGAGCACAGAUGCAUUAAAUCAACAUUUGGAAGAGGUAUUUAAAAUUGGGUCAUUGUACAAGUUGCUAAGAUAUUUUGGGGAUUAUAUACAAGAUCGAGAUCAGUUGGAUGAUAAAAUCAGUGCUAAAUUACAGCCCAAUAACCGGAGACAGAGGCAAAACUCGCUUUUUCAGAGGAACUCUUCGAGGUACAUUCGUUUCCAGACCCCUUUAACGGAUAUUAUAUCUGUGGGAGAUAACCACCAAGUGGAGUUCAAUGAUUUGGAGGAGUCUUUAUCUGAGUUUUUGAAAGAUAUUGAGGAGCAUACGGUGAAUGAUUCUCCUUGUGAGCUGCUAAAGCAUUCUAUUUUCCACAAAUUUAUUACUAUGUUAUCUUCAACAACUUUAUCUCCGUAUCAUUCGUUUAACCAUCCGAUUUUGGCAUUACUUGCACUUGAUAUUACUCAGGGAGAGGAAUAUGAGUUGGCUCGGGAGUUGUUAAUGGAGUUUAAAAACCUUCCCAAUACUUUGAGUAAAUUUCCAGCGUUCAUAAAUACAAAUGAUGUUUUGCCUGUUUUCAUUCUAUGUUUUGAUCAGUCAUCCCCACAACAAUGGGAAACUGUUCAAUCACUUAUGAAGGUAAUAAAAAAACAGUUAUUUGUUGAAAGUGUUCCGCUUCCCAUUUUCACUAACUUUCGCGAUAGAUCCAUAGUUUUACACCCACCAAUUACUAAUUCAUUACAAGAACAACUUUACGACUCUUCACAUCCAGUAUCUUUGAAAUUAUGCCCACGGUUGGUAAAAUUAAUCUAUGAUACUAUCAAUUCAAUGGUGGAGGAUUUGAUGAUCCCGUUCAUGAAUCGCAAGAUUUCUUUUUGGGAUGAGACUAUACUGCAGCCACGAAAGUCAAUUUUUCACAGCAAUAAACUUUUAAAAAGGUUUAUCUCGAAAUCAAGCGGUUCACCCACAGCUUCUAUGCCUACAUCUCCAGAUGGUCACUUUCUUGCUUCCUCAAAUGAAUUUUUGCUCCGAAAACUGGCUGACUGGUGUUUUAUGCUAUCAGAUUAUAAGACUGCAUAUUCGAUUUAUGAAAUACUAAUUAGAGAUUUUGAAAAUUAUCCAUUGUACAUGUCGUCAUGCCAGGAAUUCUCAGCCCUUUCCUUAUUAAUGGGAGCACAUUCAAUUGUAACAGCAAAAAUGAUAAAAAAUGACAUAGAUCCUUUAAUUAUGAAGUACCUUGACUAUGCAGUAAACAAUAUUAUUUCCCUAGACCAAAUCCGCUGUAUGAUAUAUAUGACAGAACUCUUUCUUUCCUUGAGUGAUACAUGGACAUCAGCUCCGUUUGCCAUAAAAUAUUUGGAGGUUAUAUUGCAAAAAGAGAAUUUAAAGUUGGGUCCCGUGUGCAGAAAUCUUAUUUGGGAACGCAUAAGCUUUGCAUAUAGGUUACGAAUUGAUCCCAGGAUUCACGCUGACGAUGACAGUACUUCAGACUGCGAUCAUGAUUUGGAAGAAGAAUUGUAUCUGAACCCUCACAAACUUCAUUGUGGCAAGAUACAAAACCAAGGAUUUACGAGAUAUAGGAAAGAAGCUGUCUUUCAAUUACUUGCUGCGAAGAAAUGGCUGCAGUGCGGCCAAACAAGACAAGGUGCCUGGUCAUUGAAACGCUGCAAUAGGGUAUAUCGUGAUCUACCUUUUGCUAAUGCCGAGGGAACUUUAUUGAGCAGACUUGCGGAUGCUGUAGUAGAUAGUGAAAAUAGUCAAAGAGCUAAUUAA